GUGAAAGCCACCGCCAGCUACUUUCGGUAGUUCAACGUUAGACACCCAUGCUCCAACAUGUGUUUGGCAUUUGGAUAAUGGAACCAAAUCCAUCUCAUAAUUAUUUUUUAAUAUUAAAAAAUUAACAAUAACAACAACAACAAAACAUGAAGACCAAUUUUAUUAAUAAAAAAGAAACAUGAAUAAGAAUUUGAAAUUAAGAUUAGAAGCAAGACCAACCUGACCAAGAAAGAAUCAAAAAUAAAGAAAGGAAAAAACUCAUAAAUCAAAGCCUAAAAGCUAUCAUCUUUAUAGAGUGCCUAAAAAGUCUAAAGAGCAUCAAACUGUAGAUCCCUUUGAAUCUCAGAUCAUAUCUAUUCAUUCAUCAAUCUCUUUUCCCAUUUCCACUUUCUGCUCAAGUUUUCUUUGCCUCUAUUUAGAAUUAAUUGUAGAUAUGGGAAAUGGGGAAUCAACAUUUGAGGAUAAUUCUCAUGAGGAUAUUCACUUUGGUCCUCACCACCAACCGCCUUCUUAUGCUCCUCACCACCAACCACCUUCUUAUGCUCCUCACCGACCACCACCUUCUUAUGCAGGGACAUCAAUGGAUCAUCAACAUUCCAGAUAUAAGCAUCGAUCCACACGUAUUGCAGAUAACUACAGCUCUUUAGAUGAGGUUGUCUCUGCUUUAAGAGAAGCUGGACUUGAGUCAUCAAAUUUAAUACUUGGUAUAGACUUCACGAAGAGCAAUGAGUGGACAGGCAGGCACUCAUUCAACAGGAAAAGCCUUCACUCAAUUGGUAGCAGGCCUAACCCUUACGAGCAGGCAAUCUCUAUUAUUGGUCGGACAUUGUCUCCAUUUGAUGAAGAUAAUCUAAUACCGUGUUUUGGCUUUGGCGAUGCAUCAACACAUGAUAAACAAGUGUUCAGUUUUUAUUCUGACCAUCGACCUUGCAGCGGUUUUGAAGAUGUUCUCAGAAGAUACAGAGAGAUUGUUCCCCUACUAAACUUGUCAGGUCCGACUUCAUUUGCGCCUAUAAUUGAUGCUGCGAUUGACAUUGUCAACAGAAGCAAUGGUCAAUAUCAUGUCCUUGUCAUUAUUGCAGAUGGACAGGUCACUCGGAAUCCUGAUAUACCACCUGGAAGGUUAAGUCCACAAGAACAAGUAACUGUAGAUUCCAUUGUCGCUGCUAGCCAAUAUCCUCUUUCAAUCAUUUUGAUCGGUGUGGGGGAUGGACCUUGGGACGCAAUGCAACAAUUUGAUGAUAACAUUCCUCAGCGCUCAUUUGACAAUUUUCAGUUUGUAAACUUCAAUAAAAUCAUGUCGGAGAACACAGAACCAUCAAAGAAGGAAACAGCUUUUGCACUUGCUGCCCUCAUGGAAAUUCCAAUACAAUACAGAGCCACUCAAAGCUUAGAUAUUGCUUAUAACGAACACUCAAGUGGUCAGCGCGCUAGCCUACUUCCACCACCAAAAGAAGUGAUUGAUCAUGACAAUGCUAUCAAUUCAAUCCCAAAGAUGACAGACUUAUCUUUAACUGAGGCAACAUCUUCAGCACCCGUGGAGCAGGUGUGCCCCAUUUGUCUAACAAACCCGAAAGACAUGGCUUUUCAAUGUGGCCAUACGACAUGCAAGGAUUGUGGGAUAACGCUCUCAACAUGCCCGUUGUGUAGAGAUACCAUAACAACCCGACUCAGACUCUUCAAUUAAAAUGACAACACUGCUUUCUUUGUUGAUGCAUUUCUUCAGAAAAUGAACUUGUUAAUAACAUUAAAAUCCAUGUUUUCUCAUCAUCCCCAUUAAAGUAGUCUGUCUUACCAAACAUGCCCGACUGCUUAAGCUGUAAAAAAAUUAUUUCAUUUGCUCUUGCUCUCUUGUUUUCAGUUUCACCUCUAAACCAAUGAACAAAACAAAAAAUGAUAUCACUUUAUUUCCCGAUUAUGUAAAAUAUUUCUAUCCUUGAAAAAGAUAGGGAAAAAUAAAGAAGCUUCUGUAUUUUAUGAGAAA